CUGCCGUCGAAAUCUUGCUGUUUGUUGAAGCAGGACUAAAGUUGCAUCACGGUGACCACCAGAAUCGUUUACAUAGGAAACAAAAAUGGCCGCUCCAUCGAUGGCCGCAGCCCUGGCUGCAUCACUUCCCGCUCCCCAGGCUGCACCAACACCUGCAGCGCCAACAUAUGAAGCCAUCCCUGCAUCCAUGUCAAAGGCGAUCGACAUCGAGGCUGAAAUACCUCUUACAUGCGUCCAGCUUGAUGGUAUAGUUAUUACCAAAAUUUUGAAACACAGUCGUGAGGCAUUCUCGACAACCGCCCAUGGACUUCUCUUAGGUCUUGAUCUCGAUGGCAUCCUCGAGGUGUCCAACUCGUUUGCAUUACCGAAUCACACGAACGACGACGACGAAAAGGCCACGAAAUCUAUUGCCCGCUACCAGUCAUCCAUGCUGCGGUCCUUGAAAGAGGUUCAAGGAGACGACAAUGUCGUUGGGUUUUACCAAGCAACCUCGCUUGGCGCUUUUUUCAAUCAAACACUGAUAGAUACACAAGCAAUCCACCAAGAUAGGCUUAGACACGGCGGUGUUGUUAUUGUUCAUGACAUCUCGCAGACAGCACGAGGAAAUGCGUCAUUCCGUGCAUUCAAGCUGACUGCUGCAUUUAUGGAUGCCUACAGAAGAGCUAAUUUUAGUGCUGCCGGGUUGAUUAGCCAUCGAUUAACUUUUGCUUCGAUACUUGAGGAGAUCCCGCUAAGAGUUAGGACAAACGCGCUUCUGAGCUCGUAUUUGAACACGCUUGAGACUCCAUCGAUGCCAACGUUUUCGGGUUCUCAUCCUGGGGUGGCGACCACGUCAGCGUUACCUCCGUCUUAUUCAGUGCUUGAUAUAGGCAAUGUGGGCCUCACGAAGAAUCUGGAGCAAGUCGCCGAAGCGAUCGACAAUUACCGGACAGAAGAAGGCAAUGUCGCGUAUUUGUCGAGGCAAAUCGCACGGGAGAAGCUUCGUGCGGAGACGUAUGUUGCGAAACGGAAAGAGGAGAAUGGGCGGCGGGUGGCGCAGGGAUUGAAUGCGCUCCCCGAAGAGGAUGUAAGCAGGUUGUUUAGGAUCCCGCCUGAGCCGAGCCGGCUUGAGAGCAUGCUCUUACUAGGGCAGGUGGAUGCUUACGCGAAGAGCCUUGAGAGCAUUGCAGGUACGGGAUUAGUGAAGAUGUAUGCAGCCAAAGCUAGCUCCGGUGUAUGAGUUGCCUUGUACUAUACAGGGGCAUUGUUGGUUCCUGACAAAAAUAGGGUGGUCAAGGAUGUCAAAUUUUGAACCGCAGUCAUCGCGAUGGGUCAAUUUAAUCUGGGUAAAGGGAGGCAAGAAAUUUUCCGGUCGAGGGCACGGUGGAGGAAGAGCUGCUGGAGGCUGCUUGCGGCAGGUUAACGGAAUCAUGUACCCUAAACGUGGUUGCAGGAAUCCACGGAAUUUACAUAGCCUUUAGGGUGAUGUGAUUACCUAAUAAACUUUGUGGGGAUAUAACUGAAAAAGAGUGUCCGUUAACGGUGUUUUCUUACCAUUUCAUUCUCUUGGUGUUUGUCUUGCUUGUUGGUUCUUUCUCGUUCUUUCCCUACUCCGGU